AUGGCGGCGCCCCACCUCCACCUCCGCAUCCCACACCGCCCCCAGACCCCGCUAGCCCUGCCCUCCCGGCCCUCCUCGUCUCCCCUUCUCGUCCUCCCCCGCCUGGCGCCCUCCCCCGCGCGCGGGGGCCGGGUUGCCCUCCUGCGCCCGGUCGCGGCGCUCGGGUGGGGCGGCGGCGGCGGAGGCAUCGACGACGUCGCCGACCUCUUCGGCCGCGUCGAGGCGCUCCUCUACACCGUCGCGGACGCCGCGGUCGUGGCGGCGGCGGCGGAGGGCGGGGCCAAGGAGGAGGCCGCCGCACGCGCGGGGGACUGGCUCUCCGGGAUCACCGCCUCCAUGGAGACCGUGCUCAAGGUUCUGAAAGGUGGUCUGUCAACUUUACAUAUACCUUACCCAUAUGGUUUUGCGAUCAUCCUCCUAACAGUUCUGAUUAAGGGGGCCACUUUUCCUCUCACAAAGAAGCAGGUUGAGUCUGCACUUGCAAUGAGAUCACUUCAACCUCAAGUGAAAGCUAUCCAAGAACGUUAUGCUGGGGAUCAGGAAAGGAUACAACUCGAAACUGCUCGUAUAUAUAAGUUGUCUGGCGUUGAUCCACUUGCAGGAUGCUUGCCUACUCUUGUGACAAUACCAGUCUGGAUUGGUCUAUACAGAGCUCUGUCUAAUGUAGCUAAUGAGGGACUUCUUAAUGAAGGUUUUUUCUGGAUACCUUCUUUGGCUGGUCCAACAACAAUUGCUGCUCGACAAAGUGGCCAAGGAAUAUCCUGGCUUUUCCCGUUUACGGAUGGCCAUCCACCACUUGGCUGGUCGGACACUCUGGCAUACCUUGUCCUACCAGCCCUUCUGGUUAUUUCGCAAUACGUAUCUGCCCAGAUAAUGCAACCAUCACAGAGCAAUGAUCCUAGCCAGCAAGGUGCCCAAGCUGCACUGAAGUUCCUGCCUUUGCUAAUUGGUUAUUUUGCUCUUUCCGUUCCUUCUGGACUGAGUCUAUAUUGGCUUACAAAUAAUGUCCUUAGCAGUGCACAGCAAGUGUGGCUUCAAAAGCUGGGAGGUGCCAAAAAUCCUGUAAAAGAAUAUAUUGACAAGCUUGCUAGAGAAGAAUCAACUAAUGUUGAAAAAUCUGAAUCGGCUGAUAAGAGCGAGUCUCUCCGGAAAGAUGGUAAACCCCAGCCUGGUCAAGUGCCAAAACCAAGUGAACCACAGCGUGGUGGAAGGUUUAAGAAAUUAAUGGAGGAAGAAUCGAGAAGAAAACAGCUUCUGGAACAACCAAAAAUAAUGGAAGAGGCUGGCAUAGAAUCUGAAACCCUUGAUGGAAAACAGAGUUCUGAUGCCUCUGCUGAAGACAGCAAAGAUGAAGAGGAAUCCCAUGAAAAUGAACCUAUCUCCGCCAGUAGCAAUGGUGGACUUAGCCAUGGCACAAAUGAAACAUAUCCAGACACAGAAGAGGUAACAAUUCCAGAAGCAACUGACACUGACAACCAUUCUUCAGUAAGCAACCCUACCUCGCCAACUGACGACGAAUUGAGACACCAAGAGAAUGGAAACGACGCAGUGUAAUGAAUGGAGGCUGGUGGCACAAAUCUAUCAGUGGUUUUAAUAUGGUCAUCGACCAGCUCU